AUGGCCGUGAUGCAGGACAACAUGCGGGCAAUGGCCGAGAGGGACUCACAGCUGAAUCAGCUGGAGGCAAGGACCAAUGACUUGCAAGGGGCUUCGAAAGCCUUCAGCUCUGGAGCGAAGCGCCUUCAGAGGCACUACCAGUGGCAAAGGUACAAGUUCUAUUUUGCAAUCGGGGCCGUCGUGGUGCUGGUGGUGGCACUCAUCUUGUUGCCCUCCCAGUACAAAGUGCCCAGAACCCGAAUGCUGUGUGUGUGUGUGUGUGUUGUGUGUGUGUCGUGUUCGCAUGCAUGUGUUGCGUGUUUGUUGCGAAGAGGAGUUUGUGACGAUUUGGUACUGAGUUGUUCAACUCGUUGCCAGAGGAAGGUAUCCAGCAGGCGGUAG